AUGGAUCAGGUCGACCACGAGGUUGUUCUUAUCCCUGGAGACGAGGUAUUUACUCAAAAGUCCCAUUUGACGCCCAACAUGGCGAUUAAUCUGGGUUUUCCUGUGCAGGUCUUGGACAACGACGCCUCUGAGCUCGAGAGCACCGCUUCAUCAAGUACCAGCAUUAGCAGCUCCAUCCUGAACUAUCGUCUCGAGAACGGCAGAACCUACCACAAGUAUAAGGAUGGCAAUCUGCAACACGAGAUCAUAACAUACACUCUCGAUGGUGAACUUGGUCUGGCCCCGCCCUGCCACAAGACUGCCAAAGUCGGACGAGUCCUCGACGUCGGCACUGGCACUGGUAUCUGGGCCAUUGACUUCGGCGAUCUGCAUCCCGAGGCCGAGGUUCUCGGCGUAGACCUCUCUCCUCCCCAGCAGGAGUUCGUCCCUCCAAACGUCAAAUUCGAGAUUGACGAUGUAGAAGAGGAGUGGUUGCACUCAGAGCCGUUUGAGUACAUCCACAGCAGGUUCAUGACCGGAAGCAUAAUGAACUGGAAGGAAUACAUCAGGCGCUGCUAUGAGUAUGGGCUUGCCAAUCUCAUCUUUGCACACUUAUCUGAACGUAGAAACAGCAACCUCGCUCCUGGCGGAUAUCUUGAGCUCGUAGAAAACCAAGCCACGGCCAACUCAGACGAUGGCACAUUCCCCAAGGACUGUGCGAUGGCCAAGUAUAUCGAGGGUAUUCAGACGGCUUCGGAGAAGCUUGGCCGUGCAUUCAUCGACGUUCCAAAGCUCAAAAACAUCAUGGAGGAGGCAGGCUUCGUCGAUGUCGAGCUUCGGAAGUACAAGUGGCCGAUGAACACAUGGCCGAAGGAAGAAAGGUACAAGACGCUCGGCCUCUGGUGCCUGGAGAACUUCAACAGCGCCCUCGAGGCCGUGUGCAUGGCGCUCUUCACACGAGUGCUCAACUGGUCCCUUGACGAGGUCAACAUAUUUCUCAUCGAUGUCCGUAAGGAUUUGAAAAACCAAAGCUAUCACGCCUACUUCAAUGUGUAA